UGGAGAUUGGAGGUGGCUAGAGUCACGCUUCUUGCCACGUUGCCCCAGGGCGGACAGAGACGAGGAGGGUCAGAGAGAGAGAGUUGCGGGACUGCCAGGGAUGGCAUCUUGCGAGGACACCACCACCGUGCACCCGGGCGGCAACGUGGUGAGCAGCAUUGUACUCUUCACCGCUGGGUUGAUCGGUAACAUUAUCGCGCUGGCCAUCCUGUACAAACACAAGAAGGAAACGCGCCAUGUGAGCGUCUUCUACAUUCUGGUCACCGGGCUAGUGGUGACCGACCUCCUGGGCAAGUGUCUGAUCAGCCCGGUGGUCUUCGUGUCGUACGCCACCAACAUCACCUUGAUAGCCCUUCCCCAGCACAACGGGCUCUGCGACUACUUCUCCUUCAGCAUGUCCUUCUUCGGCCUGGCCUCGAUGUUCUUCUUGUUUACCAUGGCCCUGGAGUGCUGGCUGUCCAUCAGCCACCCUUUCUUUUACGAGGAGCACUUCACCAGGCGCCGGGUGGUCAUCGUCUUCCCCGCCGUGUACCUGUGUAGCCUGGUGAUCUGCUCCCUGCCCUUCAUGGGUCUGGGCACCACCAAGCAAUACUGCCCAGGCACUUGGUGCUUUUUCAACAUGACCAGGGGCGAGACGAACUCGGUGUCCUUCUCGGUGCUGUAUGCCACGCUGAUGGCUAUCCUCGUCGGCGCAGUGCUGGUGUGCAACACCUCGGCGGCGGUCAACUUGACCAAGAUGUUCAAGCACCAGAGGCAACGGAGCAACUCCAGCCUGAGCGGCAGCCGCGUCAGGCACUUCGCACACUACCAGGAGCUCGACAACCUCAUCCUUCUAGUCCUCAUGAACGUCAUCUUCCUCAUCUGCUCCCUGCCUCUCACGAUUCGCGCAUAUAUUGGUGCAUUUGCUCCUGACAACAGUGAUGAAGACGACUUGACUGCCCUAAAGUUGGCUUCGGUGAAUUCAAUCGUUGAUCCAUGGGUUUUCAUCAUUUUCAGGACAUCCUUUUUCCGGAAACUUGUUUUUGCAUGUUGCAAAGAUUCUGCCCAAUCAUGAACUUAGGGUCAGUGAUUGUUAUUGAAAAUGAAUACUUAACAAAUGAAAUAUUUAACUGCCUUGCUAUUUGAUUUCAUAAAUUAGAAAAAAAUGGAAUGCUUCAUUUGCAACAAGGAAGAGUCAACAAAAUUCAAUAAUAAUGGCAUUGCAUUUAGCAUGGUGAAGAAAUGCACAAUAAUUUGAAAAGCUUUUAAAGUUCUAUUCUUUCUCAAAAUGGAGCAAAGGAAGCCAAGAUUAAGAUUCAUACAGUUUAUAUUUGCUUGUAACAUUCUAUUCAGAGGUUUCAAACUAUGAUCCCAUGUUUGGAUAAGUGCCUGUGGUUUGUAUGCUUGCUACUGAUUUCCGAUGCCUCCAGCAUGCAGCUGUACAACGUCAAGAAUAAUACAUUCAAUGGACAACGUUCAUCUAUGUUCUUAAUUGGAUGGAUGGCAUUGAUUUAGAUCUGCAUGAAUCGCGACGUCAACUUAUUUACUCCAGCCAUGGAUUUAAUUAUCCGCAUGAGAAAGAUAAUUGAAGCUUUACUGGUUCGAAUUGGAGAUUUGUGUGGAAUUGUGCAGAGAUUUAGUGGGGCGCUAAAGGCGGUGGAAAUCCAGCAAAGCAUGUUCUGCAGGAUUUUCCCGAUAAUGUGGUCAAAACUGGACAUCAAUGCGGCGCGGUGGAACUUUAACAUCGCCGUUAUCUUUCACUUUGUGGACUGGAAUAUCCCUCACCAUACCAUUGCUAACAAGGCGGGGAAAUCAAUGAAUGCACAAGGCAUGCCGCGAACGGUAUCGGGCAUACCUGACCCCAUUGAGGCAUUUCAUUGAGACCGCUUGCCUCCAACCUCUGUUCAAAUAUAGAUCACCACAUUUAAUUCCAGAGAUGAGAUGAGUGAAUGUCCUUGAACAACAAGACAGCAUUUGACCAAGUGUAGCUUUACAAAGCCCAGAUCAAACUGAAACCCAAGAGUAUCAAGGGCACGACUGAAGUCAAUGAGUGUCGAGGGAAAAACAGUCGAACUGUUACAGUUAUACUUCUCUAAGAAUAUGGUUGUGGAGUUUGAAGGUCUAUCAUGCUGGCCCCAAAAUAUCAAUGCAGGAGGAAUUCUGGGCAAUGUCCAAGGCCCAACAAUUUUCAGCUUUUUCAUCAAUUGCUUUCUUUUCCAUUAGUCAGAAGUGGGGAUAUCCAUUGUCGAUGGCACAGACCUCAAUUACAUCCUCAACUCUUCAGAAAAUCUACACAAGAUAGAAAAACAUAGACCAAUGUGUGACAAGUAAUAUUCCUGCCACAAACAUGCAGGCAAUGACUACCUCCAACAAAAGAGGGUUCUAUCAUCAAUCCUUGACAUUCAAUUGAAUUAUCAUUGCAGGUUCACUCAGGAGCAAUAUCUUGGAGGUCAUCACUGAUCACAAACUUGACUGGACCAGUCACACAAAUACAGUAUUAUAUCUACAAAAGUAGGCCAGGCAUUGGGUAUUAGUAAAGUGACUCUUCAUCUGACACUUUUCAAGCAUCUAUAAGAUACAAGUCAGGAUCACAGUGGAGUACUCUCUUGAACCCAAGAAUCUCAACACUAGUUGCUGAUCUGUGCCUCAUCAACAGCCUUAAACAUCUCUCCACUGCCAGGGCACUGUUACAGCUGUGUGCACAAAUAGCGCAACAGUUUCUUGCCUAAAUUAUACUGACGGCAUCUUCCUAAUAUUCACGCCAUGCCUUCAAGAAGGACAAGGGCAGGAGCCGGAUUGUAAAGCCACCAGUGGAUCCCUCUCCAAGUUUCACAGCACCCUGACUUGGAAAGAUAUCACCGUUUUCCCUUUGUGGCAGUGUUUAAUUCCUGGAACUCACUACUCAACAGUAUUGUAGAGGUACCUUCACCUGAAGGGACUGUAACGGUUCAAGAAGAAUACACCUCCCAAUCCUCCCCACCCCCAUUUUGUCGAGGAUAAUUCAGGAAGGCCCAUACAUUAUGGCCAUGCUGACCAUCCUAAUAAAUGAUUUGUUUUUUAUUAUGCCCUAUAUCAGGGAGUAGAGGCAUUGAGUACUGUCACCAUUCGUUUGGUUGGACUCCAGAACUCCAACUUUUCAUGGGGAAAGUUGGACACUAGCUGUUUCAAAACUUUGUAAUGUUCAAAAUGUUUACAUCUGUGGACAUAUUAAUGAAAGAACCGACUGUGGAAUUAUGUUCAAUUUUGUUACGAUAUUCUGUGAGUUGAUGACAAUGAAUUCCUUUGCAUGUGGUUUUAAAAAAUCUGAAUAUUUCACAAAAUAUGUUAUAUUAUGCAUGUACUUACUGUGAUUAUGUGUUCUGCCUCAAAAUUCCCCAUCCUUCUGAAAUGUUACGUUGUGCUGUGCAAACUCUUACACUAGCUCGCUAGCAAGGCCAUUCUUUAUGUGAUAGCUCAAAUGCUUGAGCAUUUAUGGUAAGGGGACCAGAGCACAAACAAAACCUGUCAUUAACCAACUGACAUUACUCAGGUGGGUACUGUGAAGUGGUUACAAAACCUAAUUUUCUCAUCUGAGCCUAUGUGUUGGGAGAUUUACUGUAACAUCUCCACUCUUACUCUCACUGAAGUAGCCUAAGAAGUCAUGAAGACCAGCUACUGAGUCUCAAUGAAUUAGAAAGCAGUGAAGGUAAAACACUGAGUCAUUUGACAGCUUGCAAAGCGGACAGUUCUAAACUGAAGGCACAUGAGACUGAAGAUACUGGAAUCUGAAGUUUAAAAAAAAAAAGAACAGUGCCACUGAAAGAGCUCUGUGGGUCAGGCAGCAUCUGUGGAAGGACAUAGAAUAAAAUAAUGUACCUUUAGAAAGGAGAUGAGGAAGAAUUUAUUUAGUCAGAGGGUGGUGAAUCUGUGGAAUUCAUUGCCACAGACAGCUGUGGAGGCCUAGUCAUUGGGUAUUUUUAAAGUGGAGAUUGACAGAUUUGUGAUUAGUACGGAUGUCAGGGGUUCUGGGGAGAAGGCAGGAGAAUGGGGUUGAGAGGGAAAGAUAGAUUAGCUAUGAAUGAAUGGCGGAGUAGACUUGAUGGGCCGAAUGGCCUAAUUCUGCUCCUAACACUUGAACACCUUAUGAAUGUCAAUGUUUUGGAACGCAAUCCAUUUCCUUCCACAGAUGCUGCCUGACCUGCAGAUCUCUUCCAGCUGCUCUUCUUUUUUAACCAGUUCUAAACCAAAACCUGCGCAGCAUGUUGCGAAGGGCAUAACUGAGUUUAUAAUGCAUGAAUUGCUAUGUAAUGUGCACAAUGCGAAACUUGGUCUCACUUCAAAAUGCGCUUAGUUCAUAUCAUGCUUCAAUGCUAAAGUGAUGGCAACUGUAAAUGUACAAGAUGUCAAUGUUGUGAGUCUUUGUCAGAGAUAUGUAUGAUUUAUGUGAUAAAAGUGAAUUAUGAACUCAUCUGCAGCGUGACUAUUGACUGUAAAUAUAAUAUAUAUUGCACAUAUAAAUCAUCAUGUGAUUGGUGUAAUAAAAUAAUUAUCAUUUAGAAUUUAAUUUCAUGCUAAAUUUAGCAAACCUGGAUUGACGAGCAAACAAAGGUACACUCAAAAACAUGAAUAGACUUACAGGUGUGUGAAGAUGACCUUAAGUAACACUGAAGUACAACACAAUGUUCCUGGUGGGAGCAGGGGGCAUGGUAAUGAAGAGGGUGUUCAGUUUGAGUUGCUUGUUGAUACUGCAGAGCACCCAGUUGUUUCUCACUUCAAAGCUUUCAGUGCAGUGCUCAAACAUCAGAUAACUUCUGCAUAUGCAACAGAAAGAGGACCAUUGGCCACCAUACAUGACCUGGUGGUUGGAUCUAACCAACACUAUUAUGAGGAUGGUUGAGAGGUGUUGACCAAAGUCAGAGACAAUGAGGAUGCUAGGUUAUGUUCCUUGAAACUUCAUACGGACUUUCAGGCAAGCAUGGAUACGGCCCAAGCAUAUUAUUGUAUGUGACCAUCGAUCCUCUGCUUCAAAUUGCCCCAUUGUGGGCUGCACCUGAAUCCUCUGGAGAGUAACUCAUGUAAGACCAUGGUGAAGCCUGUCCACCUUUAUCCUGUCCCAGUUAUGAAAAGCGACAUGUCCAGUGAAGCUGCGGUUCAGCAUCUUGAGGAACCCCAAAUUAAUCUUCUGCACUUGCCUCAAACCCAUCAUCUAUUGUGUGGCUUCACCACCUUUCAACGAAACUGUUUUCAAUGCUCUCUCUCAAGGCUCCAUGGACUUCAGUUUAUCCAUAAUGGGCAGCACAGCAGCUCAACCUGUAGAGCCACUGUCUCACAGAGCCAGACCCAGGUUCAAUACUGACCUCGGGUGCUAUCUCUGUGAAGUUUGUACAUUCUCCCUGUGACCGCAUGGGUUUCCUCUGGGUACUCCAGUUCUCUCCAAUGUUCCAAUGACAUGUGAGUUUGUAGAUUAAUUGGCCUCUGUGAAUUGCCCCUAGCGUGUAGCGAAUGGGUGAAAAGGUGGGAGAACAUAGAACUAGUGCGAACAGGUGAUCGAUGGUCAGUGUGGACUUUGUAGACUGAAGGACCUGUU